CUGCGAUUGGCGCACCGAGAAGCCGAACCUAAACAGAGGAAUGUCCGCAGACGAGAUACCCGACGAGCUAUGGAGAAAGAUCAUAGAGAUUGGCGUAAAGUCCUCGACUUUCUGCUACAAAGAUCUCUGCUGCAUCUCCAUCUCCUCUCGCCGUCUCUGCCGAUUGUCCUGCGAUGAUUCCCUCUGGGAUCUUCUGCUCUUCCUUGAUUUCCCUACCCAUAUCGUCUCUGCUUCCUCUUCUCAAGCUCCCUCCAAGUUUAUCUACAGGACUAGGUUUGAGAGGGAGAAGGAGAGGAAAGUAGCUGCACAUAGAAGAGCUUUACUCAGGAAGGAGAGUGAAAUUUCUGAAUGGGGCCGGAGGAUUCGUGAAUUGGAGGCUCGAUUGUCGGACGAGGCUGAGAGAUUACAGUCUUCUUCUCUGCAAUUUUCAGAUUUGCUCAAAGUGAGGCAAGCAUCGGUAGCUUUGAAGGUUUGGCAGCCGGAGGUUGUACGUGGCAGACAAAAGCAAAUGGUUGAGCAAAACGCUGUUCCUGUUGAGGGUCAAUUGCGUGCACUUGAGAUGGAGAUGAAGUUAUGCAAACAGCAAAUCAUGGGUGUGAAUAGGGCACUUAGGGAGGUAAAACACCGAUUUGACAUAGCCAUAAAAGAGCUAGAAUCCAUGAAGUAUCAUCCUUUACGAGAUUACAAGUCGACACGGAGUGGAGACCAAGUAAGUAAUGGCAAGACGAAGAAGUUGAAAACGAGCAUUAACUAUAGUGGAGACCAAGUAAGUAAUGGCAAGGGGAAGAAGUUGAAAACAAGCAUCAACUUUCAAGCAAUACCCAGAAACAAGGAGAAGCUGUUCCACGCAGAAUCAGAAUGAUGGUUGGCUGCUCCAUUCCACAGAAAGACAGAACAGUGAACAUUGAGAGUUGUUGUUGUAUUGUUUGUUGUUUUAUUACCAAUUAGAUUUGCAUAAUCUCAUAAUGUGGUCGAUAUAUUCUGUUGUAACUGUAAGUUUUGUUGAUCUGUAGGUAUACUAUAUCAUGAAUAAAGAUGUAUUUGUUUA